CCAAAGGUAUGCGCUGACGACAUUUUUAUGGGGAAAAUUGGUUGCAUGUGGUUAUGUCCGUGUACUUUGUUUAUAGGUUUUAACGUGUUUUUAAUGCCAUUAAGAAAAUGCUGUUGUAGCUGAUUUUAGCCCAAUGAAUAAGCAAUGUCCAAGGGUUUGAAAAACUUGCAACCUCACCUCAACGGUAAUAUACUGGAAGUCAAAAGCAAGUUUGAUGCCGAGUUCCGACGGUUCUCGCUGGAUAAAGCUGAAGUAUCUAAGUACGACGAGUUCUGCAAGCUCAUCGAGCGAUUUCAUUGUAUUACUGAGGUGCCCUUCACUUUGUGCUACACGGACCCUAUCCACGGGGACCUGCUGCCUAUUAACAAUGAUGAGAACUUUGCACGUGCUGUUCAGUCUGCUCGACCACUGCUUCGGUUGUUAGUGCAACGCAAAGGGGAUAGCAGAGAAGAGCUCAAUGGUUAUGGUGCUCAAGGUGGUCGCAAAAAACGGUUCCUUGGUCAGUACUUGCUUCCAACAGGCACAAGACCAUCAAAGCCGCAGCUUUCUAUAUCAUUGCCUGAAGAUUUUCGGCAAGUGUCGUCAAUCAUCGACGUGGAUGUAGUGCCCGACACCUGUCGACGGGUGCGCCUGGUCAAACAUGGUUCUGACAAACCCCUUGGCUUCUACAUUCGAGAUGGUACGAGUGUACGUGUCACCCCACAUGGCCUCGACAGGGUGCCGGGCAUUUUCAUCUCUCGGUUGGUGCCCGGUGGCUUGGCCGAAGGGACAGGCCUUCUUGCUGUCAAUGACGAAGUUCUAGAAGUUAAUGGCAUUGAAGUGGUGGGCAAGACAUUAGACCAGGUGACUGACAUGAUGGUAGCCAACUCUGCUAAUCUCAUCAUUACUAUCCGUCCAGCCAACCAGUGUAGUGUAGGCACGCUUCAACGCCGAGGAUCGUUUGGGCGCUCUUCACAAAUGUCUCAUGGCUCACACAACUCUAAUCCUUCUGUGGUGUCAGACGACGACCGACUAGACGAAGAUGAGAUUCGUGACCAUACUGCAGGUUUUGAAGCUCUUGACGAAACUCCUCCACGCAGUGUUCAUGAUGGGGUCAUCACACUGUGAGGUUAUCAUGGCUCUGUCCUGAACUGUAUGUGUGGCCAAUCAGCAGUUCUUGCUUUGAAGAUACACAAUGCAAAUCAAAGAAGGUGAUCAGAAGGCUCCUGUACAGAGCAAAGAGAGAAUUGUGUAUGUCAUAUAAGAUGCCAUUUUAGAACCAUGUUUCCUGUUGUUUAAAAAUCAUGCAGCUAGCCUAUGAUGACGAAUGAGAAUUUACAAUGCAUUUCAUAUCAUGAACAAGAAAAUAUUUUUGCUGUAUUAUGACAUUCAGUGUAUGUUAGGUGGUAUCGACGUCACAUAACGUGAUUGACCAACUUGUUUCUAAGAGCAGAACUAUUUUUGCAAGUGUGUUUGUCUAAGCAAGAAAGUAACACUGCUCUGCAUCUUCAGAGCUAGAAAUUGAUAUUUUUAUACCUUUCUUGUUGCACACAGUUUUAGUGAACAUAUGUAAUGUGUUCAUGUUUUUUUAUAUAUAUAUAAAAGGCAGACACUGAGCAGGGUGUGGUGCAUGUGUGUAUCUGUGGUUCGUGUGCGACUGGAUUCACUUUCUGAGUGUGACGGACUAAAUUUACUCAUUUUCUAGUGCUGUGUUGAUGUGUGCAUGCAACAUUCCACUUUUUUGUAAAAUGUAUUUCGUAGACCACCUUGAUUCCAGUUCUGUCCAUACUGCUCUCAUCAUGAAUUCAUCUGUAACAUGUUUGCACAUGGCAUGCAUGGCCCUGGCAUAAUAUUAUCGACAAAGCGGAAUUGGAAUCAUUCAAAGGGUAGUGCAAAUCAAAGCAGCUGAAGUUUGUGCUGUAUUUCAACUGUGGAGCCAACCUUGUUAUGAGCCCCCUCCCCCAGUAUAGGAAGGUACUUUUCUUUGAUAUCACAUGCAGCUACUAUUUUUCUAGGUGAUAAAAUGAAAAACAAAGUGGUGUCAUAUUAGUCUCCCCAAUCAGGAAUGUGUUUUGACGUCAGUAUAUAAAUAUGUGGUGUAUACAUUUCACUGCUUCCUUGAAAGUGGCCUCUGAUUGUAUUCUUUUGCCACACUGACCAGCAGCAUUGUGUGAUAAACUUGCUCACUCUAGUUGGUAGGGUUGAUACCAACUGAUGCAGAUUUCCAUAUCAAGUCACGUGUACAUAACCUGCAAUCUUCCUUGCUACAUAGUACAUGCAUGAAGGUGAAGUUCCCUCUAUGGAAAUGAACUGUGUAGUGUUUCGCAUAAAAAUAUACACAUUGUCUACAAUCUGCUGGAAAUUACAGACCGUAACCUUGCACUUGGCAUCAUGCUUUCACUUUUUUCUUUUUUGAAUCGCUGAAGCUUUUAAAAUGUGCAGUAUGUUGAGUGAAAGCACAGCAAGACUUGGUUCCACAAAUUCUCAGCACAUCGUUCCCAGGAAAAUGCAUCACCUAAACCAUGUUCCCCACACGCAUUAUCAAGACUCGAUGUGUGAAAAAUGCUUUCUCGAAGCACAGUCAGUUUACUGGCUUUGCUGAAGCGGGAUAUGUUAGUUGGUGAUGUGCUUGCAGUGCAUUCAAUGCCAGCUCGCAUUUGGAGUGAUGAGUAGUAGUCCCAAAUGCUUCCAGGACGUAACGUGUCAUGGCUGCUUGAAACAUCAAAACCUGCUGCAAACUGACUGCAUCAAAAUUUGCUCCUUACCUGCCUCGUGGCUCCAUGCUUUCACCUGGGCAUGUGGUACUUCUAGGUGUGAUAAGUAGCCACAAAGUCUUCAGCCAUUUGCAGUUCACUAGUUUCAACAUCAUUGUCAAAAAAAAGCUUGAAUCCUGCUGGUGCAUGCAGGCUCGUUCGCUGUUUUACAUGGCAUCAAGUUCCACAGAGCAGAAAUUAUUUAAUACCAAACGGUACUUUCAAGAACGCCACAUAGCUCUGCAUUCUCCUUAUUCUGGCUGUCGCAUGUGUUGUACGUUCAUUCUGUAUUGGAGCACACAUCCAAGUGUGCCCAGAAAAGUGAGGCCAGUGAGACCUACCCAGUAAACCAAAUAUGUCCCAAGGAUAUCCUGGGGAAGAACUGAAUUUGACAUUUGGAUAUCCCAGGGAUGUUCGUGAACGUCCCGUUUACGUCCGUGCGACGUCCCUGGGAACAAACUUUCUUCCUCAUUUUGCAGUCCUGGGGACAUCCUAUGAACGUCUCCGUUGGAUAUCUGGAUGUGAAUGGGACGUUUACCGUUUCAUAUCAAAUUAGCUUGUAUGCUGAGCACUAUGCAUUGUUUAUUAAGUUUUUGUUAUCUGUCCACGUUUUAGAAAUAGUUUUGGAUAAAUAAUCGACAUCUUUUAUUUGAGAACGGUAUGCAAGCGCGGUAUACAGCUAUGGAUACAGCACUCAUCGGCAACGCCACGUGACCUUGCGUAUCCUAUUGUUGUUAUGGGAGACCGCUUGCACUGGCACAUACACACAUAUGCGAUAUCGAGUGAGCACUACCUACGGAGGCCUGUGGUGGCCUCUUUUGGCGUACUGGAUGGAGCAUAUACUGAAAUGAGAGUUGUAGGAGUACGUUCAGUAAGUGUACAGCAGGGUGAACUACGAUUGUAACGGUGAAGAUGUCUUGGGAACUAAUUAGUUCGUGUGCCAACAACGCCGAAGCAUAACCGUUGAUACUUUUGGUGUCCCUUUCUCACAAACAUUGUGUUUUUAAUUCAAACUAUCUUCCAUGAUGUGAUUACUCUGCAAAUACAGGUCUAAACCCAAAAUGUUUCUCGCUUUGCUUACGUCACUCCAGUAAGCGUCACGUGUCCCAGAUAUGUGCGCAAAAUGCAACGCGGUGGGGCAAUUCUUUUUACAUCCUGCAGAUGUCCCUGGGAGAUACAAUGUCGGACGAUUUUCAACGUCACAUUGUGGACGUCCAAAUAACGUCUGGUGGACUUCCUGGACAUAGGUGACGUGUGCGACUUUUCUGGGACGUCCCUGGGAUAUUUCUGGUUUACUGGGUACUGUAAACUUAUCUGAGUGAAGAUUGCCUUGUUACUGUGGGAAUUCCCGCAAUGACCCAAGUUUAUCAGGUGGGAGCUCAUCAUUGAACAAACUUUAUGCCUGAAUUGUGAAUGAUUGUAAACUCCUCCAAGUUAUACAGUUUCAGUACCAAAGUAGGUAAACGAAAACAUUGAUGUUGUAUUUAGAGCUUGCACUUCCUAACAUCAUUACAACCCAAUGAGAAAUAUUCGUGUUUAUUUGUUAUGAAUUAAUGUUUGUGCUUUUAUGUGACAUUUAAUAUGUUCUCUACUUUGCAGUUGCACAACCAAAGGCAAAAGUUGCAUGGGGUCCAUAUGUAGAAAGACUCUUUAUCAUUCACUGCAUAUGUCUUUACCUUAGGCUGCUACUGUAACAUACCUCUGACUAUUCUGCUUGUUGAAAGUGCUGAGCUUUAACCUUUGAGCUGAAAGUGCCUUGUUACAGAAAUGCUGGAAGGCCCAAGAGUUUAUCAUUUCUUGAAGGCUGGCCUUCAAGGAAGAGCUUUUCUAGUGCCUCUCUUGUAGUUUCAAAAUGUCGAGCUCUGUUCUACCUUCGUAACUGCGAAGUAGUACCUAAUAAACUUCAAUUUUAUUAUAUGUAUACAA